UACGGCUGUAUACGGAUACGGAUAAACAACUAUUAUAGACGGGAUCAUGCAAGAUCGCCGCCGGAGACUUCGGGCCUACCGCAAGUCCCGUAGAAAAUUCUCUUGCAUUGUCUAUACGAUAACAACGGUUUGGAUGGUGUUGGCCCUAAUCCAGUGGCUGGCUGUCUGCUUUGUCAUAGAAUUUCGCGAGACCAUCAACUUGUAUUAUUGGAUAAGUUUUGUAUGCUUUAUUUGUGCUAUGAUUUUCUUCACGAUGUUCAUAUUCUUUGAGGGGCUGCGAUUCGUGAUUUGCCUAAACUGGCUGAUCUGCAUACUGAUUGUGGAGUCUCUGAUCAUCGGACUAUUUGCCCUAUCGGCCCAAACGGAUUGGAAAAACUUACUCAUAUGGUUCUUGGUCUGUGUGACAUUCAUAUAUCUUUUCAUACUAAUCGGAUCUGUUUUACCGCAAGACCUUACCCUGAAUGUGGUAAUUCUGUUUGUGGUGGCCUUCCUAUUCCUCUCUGUCACCGUCUUCAUGAGUAUGAUGCACAAAAUUAUGCAUGUGCCGUAUUCGUUCUACGCUUAUAUGAUUUUAAUUGGGCUCAUUGUGCUUAUGUUCGUGAUGUACCAUGCCCAGACAAUCAAUGGCGGCCGCUUUGCGGAGAUGCGCAUCCAAGACUACCUGCUAGCAUCUCUUAUCCUCUUCAACGACUUCAUCAUCCUCUAUAUGUUAACCAUCUACCCACAGGUCUUUCACAAAAUAGAGUCACCUCCAUCUCCGUCCACCACAACCUAUAUAGAUAAUUACGAUGGCAACGGUUACGAAGACGAUGACAUUGAUGAACCUGCUCCAGUCGAAAAUCCCACUAGAAAACCCCAAACCACUGACUCGCGCACGAUCGCACAACCCAAAAGCACUACAAAGAGGAGACGUAAAAAAAAAACUACAGUUCCGGUAAUUUGGGGUUGAGUGGACCAAAGGUUGUGAAGCGAGGAAGGCAGGAAGGUUUUGCUAUGUGCAGACAACACACACAAAAUAAAACAACAAAUGAACUCGCAGAUUACAGCGAGCAUUGCAAAAUAUUUUUUUCUUGGGCUCACGCGAAUAUAUUCUUGGAUAUAUCCAGGUGCUUCUCUUCUGCAUUAAUUA